GCCGCCGCCGUUUGAUGGAUCCGAGGAUCGCCUGGUUCCAGCCAGAGCAGCUCGGACCGUCCAACAGUCUGUGGAUGCAGAUCUGGGAGACGACCCAGGGCCUGAGGAACCUCUACUUCAACCACCACUGUCACAGCAGCGGCGGCGGCGGCGGCGGGGGCGGCGGGAGCGGCGGCAGCGGCAGCAGCGGCUCGGCCAGCGGCGGGAGCGGGAGCGGGAGCAGCACCGGCCCCGGCAGCGCCACCCCGGCCUCGGCCCCGGCCCCGGCUCCAGCCCCGGCCCCGGCAGGCAUGCACCGCUCCGGGGAGCGCCACGCGCAACCGGCGGCCGAGCAGCAGCAGCAGCAGCAGCAGCUGCAGCGGGACUUCCUGCCCCUGGAGACGACCAACAACAACAACAACCACCACCAUCACCAUCACCACCAGCAGCACCAGCAGCAGCAGCAGCAGCAGCAGACACCCGCGGCCUGGGCCCGCCGGGCAGCCACCGCCGCCGCCGCCGCCGCAGGCCCCUCGGCUUCUUCCCCUUCUCCCUCGAUCGCCUCGUCCCCGCACCCCUCGGCCGCUGCCGCCGAGCCUGCCGACCCCGCCUCGGGCAGCAGCAACAAGAGGAAGCGCGACAACAAGGCCAGCACCUACGGACUCAACUACAGCCUGCUGCAACCCGGCGCAGGGCGGGCCGCGGGGGGCGGCCGGGCCGACGGCAGCGGCGGGGGCGUGUACAGCGGGACCCCGUGGAAGCGGAGGAACUACAACCAAGGAGUCGUGGGUCUGCAUGAAGAAAUAAGCGAUUUUUAUGAAUAUAUGUCUCCAAGACCUGAGGAGGAGAAGAUGCGGAUGGAGGUGGUGAACAGGAUCGAGAGUGUGAUCAAGGAGCUGUGGCCCAGUGCUGAUGUCCAGAUAUUUGGAAGUUUUAAAACUGGCCUGUAUUUGCCUACUAGUGACAUUGAUCUUGUGGUGUUUGGGAAGUGGGAGAAUCUUCCCCUCUGGACCUUAGAAGAAGCUCUUCGGAAGCACAAAGUCGCAGAUGAGGACUCAGUGAAAGUUCUGGACAAAGCCACCGUACCCAUUAUUAAGUUAACGGAUUCUUUCACUGAAGUGAAAGUUGAUAUCAGCUUUAAUGUACAGAAUGGCGUGAGAGCGGCUGAUCUCAUCAAGGAUUUUACUAAGAAAUAUCCUGUAUUACCAUAUUUGGUUUUAGUAUUGAAACAAUUCCUGCUACAGAGGGACCUUAAUGAAGUAUUUACAGGUGGAAUUGGCUCUUACAGUCUUUUCUUAAUGGCAGUCAGUUUCCUUCAGUUACAUCCUAGGGAAGAUGCUUGCAUCCCCAAUACAAACUAUGGUGUUCUCUUAAUAGAAUUUUUUGAAUUGUAUGGACGACACUUCAAUUAUUUAAAGACUGGCAUCCGGAUAAAGGAUGGUGGUUCAUAUGUGGCCAAAGAUGAAGUACAGAAAAAUAUGCUAGAUGGCUAUAGGCCAUCAAUGCUAUAUAUUGAAGAUCCUUUACAACCAGGUAAUGAUGUUGGAAGGAGUUCCUAUGGGGCUAUGCAAGUGAAGCAGGCCUUCGAUUAUGCCUACGUUGUUUUGAGUCAUGCUGUCUCGCCAAUAGCCAAGUACUAUCCCAACAACGAAACGGAGAGCAUAUUAGGUAGAAUAAUUAGAGUAACGGAUGAAGUUGCUACGUAUAGAGAUUGGAUAUCCAAGCAGUGGGGCUUGCAGAAUAGGCCUGAACCUUCAUGCAAUGGAAAUGGUGUUACCUUGAUAGUAGAUACUCAGCAGUUAGAUAAAUGUAAUAAUAAUCUAUCUGAAGAAAAUGAAGCCCCUGGAAAAUGUAGAAGUAAAACUUCGGAAUCUCUUAGUAAAAACUCUUCAAACUCUUCAUCAGGUCCAGUGUCUUCCUCUUCUGCCACACAGUCCAGCUCAAGUGAUGUUGAUUCUGAUGCGACGCCAUGCAAAACCCCUAAGCAGCUGCUCUGCCGGCCAGCCACUGGGAACCGAGUGGCAACGCAGGAUGUGCCCCUGGAGUGCUCGCAGGCGGUGGGGAAAAUACAGAGCACGCAGACCACUACCACAGUGAACAGCACCAACAAAUCUCAGCACGGAUCAGCAAGGCUCUUUCGUUCUUCCAGCAAAGGCUUCCAAGGUACAACUCAAACAAGCCAUGGUUCCUUGAUGACAAACAAACAGCAUCAAGGCAAAUCAAAUAAUCAGUAUUACCAUGGCAAAAAGAGGAAACACAAGAGGGACACUCCCCUCUCAGACCUUUGUAGAUAGUCGGCGUUGUACGGUGGACCGUCUGCUGUGUGCAAUGACCUCAUGCUCAGGACAGUUGGAUAGGGACUCCUGGGAGACAUUCAGGAGCCGUACACUGUUCAGACGUUGAUUUAGCAACUACGUUUUUUCCCAGCUCGCCACGGAUGGAUCAUGAAGACUGACAACUGCAAAAAUAAAAAAGCAAGCAAAAAAGGGGGAAAAAUAAAGGCUGCUCGUUUGAUAAGUCAUAUGCUAUAACAGGGUCAUUUUAAGAUUUAAAGCUUGAAUGUAAAAUAAAUAUAUUUCUCAUUGGCUUUAUGCAGAGUUAUAGGGAAAUAGUAUUCAGUGUGGAUAGGGUGAUAGAAGCAAAAAACCAAUUUUAAAGGAUGGGGGUGGGGAAGGAAGACAAGAGAUAUCUUAUAGGAAGUCCAGAUUCCAAAGGGUAAAGUGAUUGGUGCAUGUUUGUUUGUUUGUUUUUUUAAAAUAUUUUUGCAUAUAUUUACCAUUUUAAUGUGUGUAUAUAUAGAAGACCACAUAGGAAAUUGAUAUUUGUAAUAGUGGAUUUGUUAAUACUUUUUACAUAACAUUACUGUUUAAAUUGUAAACAGAUUUUUCUCAGGAUUAGUUUAAAAAGUAAUCUGAAUUGUCAUCUUAACAUCCAUAUAUAGGGAAGUGAUUAGUUCUCUGAUUCAAUUUGUUUUCCUCAGCCUUGAAAUGAAUUAAUAGAACCCUUGUGACCUGCUGCAAAAUUUUUUCCUCUAAGAAAAGGUUUAUGGUGGCAAAUGACGUUAAUUUUAUUUUGUAACAAAGAAAAUGUACUAUGUACUUUUGUGUAAACACUGAAAAAUCUCUAGUCAUCUCUAAGAAUUAACUUGCAACUGUUUCUAUAGUGAUGUCGUCUUGGGCGAUGGGCAGUUACAUGACUCUGUGUUUGUUUCCUUUGCAGUCUUUUAUCUUCCCCUCUUCCUACUAGGGACAAAGGCCCUGGGCCUGGCCCCAGUCCCGCCACAGUGAGCCCCUGAGUCCCACAGGCUUUGCAUGCUGGUUCCUCUCGCCCUGUGUGCUGCGUGUGCUUCUUCUCAUCUCUUCUUUUUAAAAUUCAUGCUUAACUACUUACUGUGGGAGAGAAUAACUGUAAACAGCUUUAAUUAAAUCAUACUUAUAAAAAAACUAUUUUCUUAUACUCCACUUUAUGCUUUUGGUAUUGUUGAUCUUUAAGAAUUAAAUGGUCUUUGAUAAUGGAUCCAUUUUUGUAUUGCCUUAUUAAGACCAAAUACUUCUUGUCAUCCCAUUCUUUAUCCUCUCCUUUCGUGGAAUUAUUAUCUUUAAUUAAAACUUUUUAAACAUUGGCUUGUUUCAAUCAUAGUGUAAAUUUUGGUUGUGAUCAGCCUUGAGUGCAAAUGAGAUGUAUAAUUCUGUUAUUCAUCACAUGUUGAGUUUGAAACUCAUUGGAAAUAUUUAAUAGAAUGUAAGUGACAUUUCUAAAAAUGCUUUCUUUCAAGGUGAAAACUGUUAUGUUUAGCAUCAAUGUGUGUGGCUCUUGACUAUAGCCAUUUCUGAGAUGAGAUUCAUAUAUAUAUAUAUAUAUAUAUAUUUAGACAUAUACAUAUAUAUAGUACUAUUGGCUUUUAGAAAUUUCUUUUAUAUGCAUUUAUGAAAUAUUGAAGACCAAUCAGACCAUUAAUGGACACUUAGUGCAACUUUUUAUAAAGAAAAUAAUGCUAAAAAAAAGUAAGACCAAAACUGAAGUCAUCACUGAAAUCAACAAUUUUCAAUAUGUUCGUAUUUUAAUUCACUACAACAGAAAAAUGUGUUCCAAAACUGGAAACUCAUAAUAUUUGUAUAAACCGUGGAAGAUUUUCAAUGUGAUGUUAUUUUGACAAUGUUUUAAAUUUUAGAGUCACCUAUUUUACUCUGAUCAGAAUUUUUAUCAAGAAUAUUGAGCUUCUGUUUUCUUUUUUUUUUAAACUAGUUUGUCAUAACAUAUUGUGCAAAAAUCACAGUAUUUAUUUUCUAGAACUAUUGUGAAUGUAUAGACUUAUGUUUACUGCUAAGGGAACAAUUAUUUAUAAAAUAAUAUUAAAUCCAGUAUUAGCUGCCUAUUUUAGACACUUAAUACUUGCAGAGAUCCAUGUUACAUUUACCACACUGAAGUUUCGUUUUGUUUUGUUUUCUCAAAAAUCACCCUCAUUGUUGAAAGUAAAUGUACUCUUAGGGUGCAGAUAUUAGUGUUACAAUAAGCAUGUGAUUAUAUUAAGGUGGUGGUAGCGGGAAGAUAAUCUUGAUUCCAUUGGGAAUCUUAGGUUUUCGUAAAUUUAUUGGGAAAAUAGUUUUUCCUGUACUGCUGAAGUUUCUUUUUGGUAAACAGUAUCUUUCUAAAAGAAAAAAGCAUGAAGGAGAAAACUGAGGUGUGUACAUUUCCUCAAAUGACCAGCAUUGUAUUAGUGAAUACUGUGUAUCUUGCAAUGAACAGUGUGGAAGCUGUUCGAUUUUCAACCUGAAGUAAAAGACUUUCAAGAA